UAAGUACGUGAGCCAUUGUUUCAGUAUGCAUGUCAGUCGUUUCUUGGAAUUUGGAAAGGGUAACAUUCUUUGAAGAGUUGUACCGUUAAUAAUAUGAAACCGUUCGUCUUAUUACUUUUGAUAAAUCUAAUCUCUUUUGAAAUCAAAGCAAAUGUAACAUCAUCAGAGGAAUUGCUAUAUAAAGAUGUUCACCUUGAUCAGCCUACUAAAUUAUUGUCAAGAAGGAAAAGGUUCCUGAUCUUUCCCGAUGGAAGCUCAUUUCAAAUAGUUUUCUGUACACAAAACCACGGAUACUUACAAUUGGGGAACAUCGUAUGGUUUGGUACCACAGCGGCUUUGGCCUGGGAACUGCCGACAGAUCCUGGGGCUUUUGACAUGUUUAAGGACCUUAAGGCCUAUCAGGGUCAAAGAAGAUACGAUAUCCUGUACUAUGUCGAUGAAGAUGGAAGGGUUGUUGAUAAGGUUGAGUAUAAAAGGAAAAUCUUAAUAAACCCAGCUCUAGCCAAAAGGAGCGUCGAUGCAGCCGAAAGAAAUAAGAGAAACAUCACAAAGUUCAAUAUAAAGGAAAUGCAUGACUUGCAGAAAAAUAAAAUGCUCUUCGAAAAUUUAGAUGCAACAAGAAUUGAGCACCAUAGGACCGAGAGACAGAAAAUUUAUGCAAAACUGGAAAAGUUUUUGCAAACGUUAGGAUGGGACGGCAAAGAGUGCAUCUUGAAAAUGUUGUGUGUGACAGGCAAGCGGAAAAGCAAACAAGCAUCGUUUGUAGGGGAGAUUCUACGGGCUGUGUUUACAUUACCAAAAGUCCUUGACACCAUGUCCGAAGUUCAUAAGCACUAUCAUUAUGCCCCAGGGUCUAAUGGAGACUGUUCAGAACUGUACCCUAAAUGUGAAGCCAUUUCCAUGGAGUAAUAAGGAGGAUACAGUAAAAAUGUUAUUGUUUAUUUUGUAUUAGCAAUAAAAUUAAUGGUUGUGUUGUUCAUUUUUCCUUUUAUUGGUUUAUGUAUUUUUGUGUCGAUUGAUUUAUAUGUAUGUAGGUACCGAUGUGUGUGCGACAUGUAAAAUAUGGACACUUUUCAGUUCUGUUAUAUAAACUACAUAAUAUUAAUGUUCGUACUGUUUGGUAAUUAUUUUGUAGUUAUAUUUUUGUAAUUAUAUUUUAUUUGUACCUA